UACAAUAACUAUAAUUCGCUUUUCAGGAAUGAGUACAAACGAGUUUAUAAGUCGAUGCUCAGAGGCUGUUUGCGACGACCGCAGCGCAACAACAAAAAUUUGCCAUCUAAUUGCGUCGACUGCGAAGACACUCGGAAGUACGUAAAAACAUCCAUCGAGUUAUAUCAUCACUUUUCAACUCCGUCGCUAAAUCGACGUUGGAUUUGUAAUGACUGCGAAUCAGAAAAUAGUUCCGUUACGUGGCACUGCAUUAUCUGCGACACUGUGAGCUAUUUGGCACCCAUUUACAAAGAAAAAAUUCUAAACCGAGAACACAGUCAAUAUAGGCAGGGCAAAACAACGCAACCAAUUGCUGCAGAAAGUAAAAAGAAAAAAGUCCCAAAAUCUUCUAACUGCUUACGUAGAACUCAAAGCCUCACUACAGACAAAUCGUUCUCUUGCCGCAGUUGCCAUAUUUGCUUCGUAAACAAUUGCAAAGACAUUUUCAAUCUACCGGACAACUGUAUGCUAAAAUGCAAUAAAAAGGCAAAUAACAUACCUGGAGAAGGAAAUCUGCAAACUAUAUCUACCGAUAAUAAGCAGUAUCUUAGGAAUUCAACUCUUAAUGACGGUCGAAAUUGUCCGGAACUAAAAGGAAAUUUUACAAUCACAACCCUUUCCAAUACCAAAAAAUUGAAGCCGGAAAAGGGUAAUUUAAAUUUUCCGAGCUCUAGCUUGUUAAUAGCUGUCAAUGAUUGGACUACUCCAACAACUAUUAAAGGCAUUCUAAAGGAUAAUAAUGUAGCAUCAGUUGAAAAUAGAGAAAAUAUUAUCGAACCUGUGGAAGCUAACAGAAUAUGCAAAAAUAACAGGCUUCAAAAUAGCUAUGCCAACUUUAAGGAAGAAAAAAGAAAGAAAACGCAACCCAUUUAUGAAAAUAACCAAUUUUUUCAAACUAUGGAAAGAACAAGCUAUGCGAACGCCAAAAAUGUGAUUUCAAAAAAUUUUAAAGAAUUUAACCAACCAAUAUACGCCAUGGUAGAUAAAAAUAAAAAAAUGAAAAAACAAAUUGUGUCAUCUGAAGACUUGCCACAACAAGAUUUUGUUUCCAAUGCAGAAAGUAAUAAGUCGGAACAACAUACCCUACUGAAAAGCUACAACAAGACAAAAUGUAAAGAAUCUUUAAAUAGUUAUUCUGAUAUUGCGGAUAAUUUGAUUUGUAAUGAAAAUGCUCCGGAGAGCGAUUAUAGCAAAAUUGACACGGUCAACAUAAGCGCCCAUUCGUUCACUUCAGACGCAAAAAUAGAUAUUAAUGCUGAACACUCCAUUUAUGCAAAAGUGUGGAAAGGCCCUCGAAAAACUAGUGAAUCGAAAAUAUUGAACGCAUCUUCGAACCGAAGUGUACCUCAGGCUGACAAUAAUAUGCUUAAUAGUUCUCGAAGAACGUGGACGUGCUCAAAAUGCUCCUAUGCAUAUAAUCGCAUUUGGACAGACAGUUGUGAGAUUUGCGAGUCAAUUCGUAGUCAACCAACAGCGGAGCAGCCCAGUCUAAUAACAGUAACCAAACUGGAAACCUCAGUAACAGCUAGUGAUCGGAAUGAAACUCAAUGGACGUGCAAAAAGUGUACAUUGGUAAACGAUCCAACCGCAGUCGCCUGCGCAGUGUGUGGAGGUUCAAAGUUGCGAAGUAUUUGCUCAGUUGAGGACAUGACUUUAAGAAAAGGUGAAUUUUGGACCUGCAGCCAGUGUACUCUAAAAAACUACCUUUCUACCGGAGUAUGUAGCGCUUGUAAAUCCGUACGAUCGCUACCCAUUGACACCAAAAGAGUGCAGCUUAAUGAGCUCAAUACUGAAGAAGUCGUUGCUUCUAAUUCUGUAGAAGUCCACCCAUCGUUUGCGCAACCUGUUGUAAACACAGUCAAUUUACAGCCGAACUCUACUCAGGUGUCGAGAAGCCCAUCACCAAAACAAGUUCGGAGUUCAUCAGGGGCAAUACCUAAGAGGCACAGCACGGGCAGUAGUAUAUCGACGCGGAAUGUGGGUGCUGAUAUGACUACCGUUUCGCCGCCAGCAUCACAUUGCGCAGGCAGCCAGCAUGCAACCACUUCAAGCAGAAUCAGUAGUAUUACUCCAUCCAAAAUGUGGCAGUGUCCAGCUUGCACAUAUGAAAACUGCUCUGCAUCGGUUGUUUGCGACAUGUGCUCCAGUCCUAGAGGGUUAGCCAGCAGCUUAAAUGAGGUCACAUUCCCAAUGUCUGGAAAAAUUGUUACGGACAUUCGGCAGGAAAGCAAGCUAAUGGAAAAUUUAAGACAAAAUGAAGAAAAUGAGGCUCUAAAUAAGUGGAAAAACAUUAUUCAGUACUGUAGCGAUAACAAUGAACUUUUCGUUGAUGAUUCAUUUCCUCCAGCACCUAAGAGUCUGUAUUACAAUCCAACAAAUAGCAUCCCUGAUGGUAAUCCAGUUGUGCAAUGGCGACGUCCUCAUGAAAUAAAUUUUGAAGGGGGGACUUUUCCCCCUUGGGCAGUGUUUAGGACUCCCCUUCCGUCGGAUAUAUGUCAAGGUGUGUUAGGAAAUUGCUGGUUACUCAGUGCACUUGCUGUAUUGGCAGAACGUGAAGAUCUAGUUCGAGAAGUGUUAGUGACGAAAGAAAUAUGUUUGCAAGGAGCCUACCAGGUACGCCUAUGCAAAGAUGGCAAAUGGAUAACAGUAUUGGUUGAUGAUUUAUUACCUUGUGAUAAACGCGGCCACCUUGUUUAUUCACAAGCUAAAAGAAAACAACUUUGGGUCCCUUUAAUCGAAAAAGCUGUCGCGAAAAUUCACGGAUGUUAUGAAGCCCUCGUGUCUGGGCGCGCGAUUGAAGGCUUGGCAACCUUAACGGGAGCACCUUGCGAAAGCAUUCCUUUGCAAGCAAGUUCGCUACCAAUGCCUAGUGAAGAUGAAUUAGAUAAGGAUUUGAUCUGGGCGCAACUGCUGAGUUCUCGAUGUGUUCGAUUUCUGAUGGGCGCUAGUUGUGGCGGAGGAAACAUGAAGGUAGAUGAAGACGAAUAUCAACGAAAGGGUCUCCGCCCUAGGCAUGCGUACUCCGUGUUAGACGUUAGAGAUAUUCAAGGACAUCGUUUACUAAAACUACGCAAUCCCUGGGGUCAUUACUCAUGGCGUGGAGAUUGGUCCGACGAUUCAGAGCUCUGGACAGAAGAUUUACGAGAGGUAUUAAUGCCACACGGUGCGUCAGAAGGGGUGUUUUGGAUCUCGUUUGAGGAUGUAUUAAACUAUUUUGACUGCAUAGAUAUAUGCAAAGUGCGCUCCGGUUGGAAUGAGGUUAGAUUACAGGACACACUGCAGCCGUUGUGCUCAAUUUCAUGUGUUUUGCUGACGGUAUUGGAACCAACGGAAGCCGAAUUUACACUUUUUCAAGAAGGGCAACGGAACUCUGAAAAAUCACAGCGAUCGCAGCUGGAUUUGUGUGUUGUGAUAUUUCGAACACGCUCGGCGGUGUCACCAGAAAUUGGAAGACUAGUGGAGCAUAGCAAACGUCAGGUUCGCGGAUUUGUUGGCUGUCAUAAAAUGUUGGAACGUGAUAUAUAUUUACUAGUUUGUCUGGCAUUUAAUCAUUGGCAUACUGGGAUCGAAGAACCUCAACAAUAUCCCCAGUGCAUUCUAGCAAUACACAGUUCAAAACGCCUACUCGUGGAGCAAAUCACACCUUCGCCGCAUUUGCUAGCUGAUGCCAUAAUAAGUCUGACUUUGACAAAAGGCCAACGCCACGAAGGAAGAGAGGGAAUGACUGCCUAUUAUCUAACAAAGGGAUGGGCUGGUUUGGUGGUUAUGGUUGAAAAUCGUCACGAAAAUAAGUGGAUACAUGUCAAAUGUGACUGCCAAGAAAGCUACAAUGUUGUAUCUACAAGAGGUGAAUUAAAGACGGUUGACUCGGUCCCACCUUUACAACGGCAAGUUAUCAUUGUUUUAACUCAGCUAGAAGGAAGUGGUGGAUUUAGUAUUGCUCAUCGGCUAACACAUCGACUUGCAAACUCCAGGGGACUUCACGACUGGGGGCCUCCAGGAGCAACGCACUGCCCGCCAAUAGAAAAUGUUCAUGGACUACAUGCGCCUCGUUUGAUUACCUAAAUCUCCAACAUUCUAGUCAACGUUUUGCGUAACUGAUAUACACAUAAAUAUUUAUAGAUACAAGGACGAGUAUACGUAGGUUUAAUAAAUAAUUUGAAUGUUUUGUUUUCCUAAUAAUGUAAGGCAAAGUGAAUAAAUAUCAAGAAACAUAA